AUGGCUCAAGUCGAUCUCCGUCUCACGCGCUUUGGCUUCAACCGUCUCGAGGAAACCGUCCGCAACCCCAUUCUCGAGUUCUUGAAGUUCAUGUGGAACCCGCUCUCGUGGGCGAUGGAGGUGGCUGCCAUUCUCGCCAUCGCGCUCUUGGACUACCCCGAUUUCGGUCUGAUCAUGGCUCUGCUUUUGCUGAACGCCUGCAUCGGCUUCUUUGAGGAGCAGAAUGCCGGCAAUGCUGUCGCUGCCCUCAAGGCUCAGCUCGCUCCCCAAUGCAAGGUCCGCCGCGACGGCGCCUGGAAGACCAUUGAUGCUGCCAACCUCGUGCCUGGUGAUGUUAUUCGUAUUCGCCUCGGUGAUGUCGUUCCUGCCGACGUCAAGCUUUUGGAAGGCGAUCCGAUCAAGAUUGAUCAGAGCGCUCUGACUGGUGAAUCCCUCCCCGUGACCAAGCACCGUGGUGCCAACGCGUACUCUGGUUCGGCUGUCAAGCAAGGCGAAAUUGAGGCGGUCGUUCACUCGACUGGCAUGAACACCUUCUUCGGCCAAGCUGCCAACCUGAUUGGCUCUUCCAACGAUGUCGGCCACUUGCAGCUCGUUCUCACGACCGUUGGCAACUUUUGCCUCGUCGUUAUCGGCAUCUGGAUUAUCAUUGAGCUCGCCGUGCAGUUUGGCAUGCGCGACCAGCCUUGCACGUCGAACGGCGGCACUCCCGGCUACUGCCCCACGCUGAGCAACUUGCUCGUCAUUAUUGUCGGUGGCAUUCCCGUGGCCAUGCCCACUGUGCUUUCCGUCACGAUGGCGUUGGGCGCAACCCAGCUGGCCAAGAAGGACGCCAUUGUCACCCGUUUGACUGCCAUCGAGGAGCUUGCUGGCAUGGAUGUGCUCUGCUCGGACAAGACUGGCACGCUCACGCUCAACGAGCUGACUGUCGAUUGGUCCAACCUGUAUCCCACCCACGACAAUGAGUCUGGCGACAUUCUGAUUGACGCUGCCCUGGCCGCGCGUGUUGAAAACAACGAGCCCAUUGACGUUUGCGUGCACGAGGCUGCCCUUGAAGUCAUCACCAAGCAACGCGCUGCGCACAAGACUGACACCACCACCGGCACUGCCACCGCUGCCGCGACCGAGUCCAACGCUGAUGGCGCCGGUGCUGCCUCCGCCGCCGAUCCGGCUGAUCUGCUCUGGUGCAACUACGAGCUCGUGCACUACGUCCCGUUCGAUCCCACGAUGAAGCGCACGAUUGCCACCCUGCGCGACAAGCGCAACGGCAAGGUGUUCCGCACGGCCAAGGGUGCUCCCCAAGUCAUCUUGGACAUGGACGCGCGCCGCAACGAGAUUGGCACCAUUGUGACGGACAAGAUUCGCGAGUUUGCCGACCGUGGCUUCCGUGCCCUCGGCGUUGCGCGCUGUGCUGACGGCUCCGUCCCGCUCGAGAGCGCCACCUGGGAGAUGGUUGGCCUCAUCCCCUUGUUUGACCCUCCGCGCAUUGAUUCCGGCCACACCAUCGAACGGGCGCACGAGAUGGGCGUCGACGUCAAGAUGAUUACCGGCGAUCAGCUCGCCAUUGCCAAGGAGACGUGCCGUCAGCUCAAAAUCCCGUCGGACAUUCACACCACCGCCUUCUUCAACGACCCCGCCCAAGACCCCGAAGAUCUCGAUCGCCGCAUCGAGGAGGCCGAUGGAUUUGCCGAAGUCUUCCCCGAACACAAGUACGAAAUUGUCAAGCGUUUGCAAGAUCGCAAGCACAUUGUCGGCAUGACUGGCGAUGGUGUCAACGAUGCCCCCGCCCUCAAGAAGGCCGACAUUGGUAUCGCCGUCGCUGACGCCACCGAUGCUGCUCGUGGUGCUGCCGACAUUGUCCUUCUUUCUCCUGGUCUCUCUGUCAUCAUUGAUGCUAUGCUCGGCUCGCGCAAGAUUUUCCAGCGCAUGAAGAACUAUGCGAUGUACUCGAUUGCUUCCACCGUGCGUAUCGUCUUCACGUUCGGCCUGCUGACUGUCAUUUACGACUGGUACUUCCCCCCAUUGAUCAUUGUCAUCUUGGCACUCUUGAACGACGGCACUGUCAUGACGAUUGCCAAGGACCGCGUCAAGCCCUCCAUCAACCCGGAUCAGUGGCGUCUGUCGGAGGUGUUUACCCUGGCCAUCGUCUUUGGUCUCUGGCUGACGCUUGCAUCCGUGAUUCUCUUCCAGCUUGCCUACCGCACGACCUUCUUUGAGAACAUGGGCUUGCGUUCGCUGCACGAUGUGGAUGUCCUUGGAUCGGGCUGCGGCCCGCUGCUGCCGAAUGAUGUGGACGAUUUCCGCGAUGUCUUUGAUCUCGUCAAGCAAGUUUUGGUCUACGAUCGCACGUACGAGCUCGAUCCCCUUGCCCUGUCCGACUCGACCACCUCUCUGCCUGCUGCCGCCGUCGACCAACCCCUGCUGUUCUCUUCGGCGGCCGCCAACGCCAUCGGCGGUGGCACCAUCAACACGCUCUUUGGUGUCAUCACCCCUCUCAGUGUUGUUCCCGGCCUGUGCGACUCGCUGCGCGAGUGCCAGACGAUGGCUGCUUGCGGCCUGAAGACGUACCAGGAAGAGCAACUCCGUGGCUUGAUUUACAUUUUCGUUUCCGUCUCCGGUCAAGCAAUGAUCUUUGUGACCCGCUCGCGCCGCUUCUCCUACCAGGAGCGCCCUGCCUACAUUUUGAUGUUUGCUUUCGUGGUGGCCCAGCUCGUUGCGACGUUCAUUGGCGUGUAUGGCUUUGGCGGCUACCCCGAAGGUCGCGACGGUUUCCGUGGCUGUGGCUGGGGCUAUGCUCUUGUCGCUUGGAUUUGGGUCAUCAUUUGGUACAUUCCGAUGGACGGCCUCAAGAUUUUCACUCGCUACAUGCUCGAGAAGACGCCUAAGCGCCGUGUGCGCAGGCCAGUCUCUGCGGUCCAAUCGCGUCGCUCGUCUGUCACCGGCAUUGAGAUGCAACAGACUCCCUCCAUCCUUGCUGCCGGCAACCAGCACCACCCCUCUGUUCCGCCAUCAACCACCGCUCCCGCGCCCCGUCCCAGUUCGGCGCCCGCGACGACGGCCCAAGAGCCAACCACUGCUGUCUAACGAGGACAUGCGCUUCUUUUUUUUGUGUUCUUUUGUUUCACGUCACAUUCGCCAACUAAAGCACAUUUGGUUUUGGUCGUUGUGUGGGUCGCUCGUCCUUUUCUUUUUCCGUGCGCGCACCAGUUUCGCACGAGCUCUUGCUCUAAUUCUCGCCACAAAUUUCCCCUUUUUCCAUGUUAGGAAUUGAACUUUUGAUUGUUCCCUGUGUUGGGAGCUUUAAUUUGGUUGUUUAUUUUUCGUGCUUUUGAUGUCGCAAUUGUAACGGAUUAGAAAAGGUUU